GUCUAGACCUGGCUUUGGGCCGGGUUUGGGCCGAGUUUCAGGCCCAUGGCCCGGCCCACAAGGCCCAUGGACGGGCCGGGGGUCAGGUCAGCCCACCCAUGGGCCAAUGGGCCGGCCCAUGGGCGGCCCACGAAAUGCCCAUUUGGCUCCCAAAUUGCAUAAAACUAAUGCAUAACUUGCUUACUUAGCUCGAUAAAAUACCAUCGUUUUGUAUACCAUCUCUUAACUAUGCUAUUAAUACCAAAUUUACAAAUGCCUUUUGAUUGCA